AUCAAACCUGUAUGUGUGUGUGAGGGGGCAUCUUUAGAUACACAGUGAUUUGGUGUGUUCAACCCCUUAAGGUUUGGCAUAAUUUAUGAGACUCAAUGCCAAAAGUGUGUACAUGCAGGUAAGUGCUUACUGUAUAGGCUGUGAGAUGGUUUCUCUGAAGGCUACUUUAGGCUUGCCAGUGACACAAGGACAGUUGUACUCUGACUUCAUACGCUGCAUACAUGCAUGUGCAUGUGAUUGUCACAUCAUUCUGUGCACUGCUUCAUACCUCAGCAUAGAUUUCCAAAUGAAGUUCUCCCAUUCCUGACAUGAUGGUCUGCAGUGAAAAGUAGUCAUUUACGUAUAAGGUCCAGAAUCAACGCUGAAAACCCACAAACGCUGUCAAUGUUUUAGGGCUUCAAUUGGACCACAUUUCUAAGCGUAAACUUCUCUAGUGUUUAGUGUUAGUCCUUUCUUCCCAGCCCGAGUGUGACAACAGUACUUGGCAUUGCAUUGUGUUGUGACUGAAUACAUAUUCUUUGACAUAGCUAGCACACAACAAGCACAUCUUAAUCUAUAAAAACAUGGAAAACUAAAUAGUCAGUUACACACUUUAGCACUAAAAAUGAAGUUUGUUAUCCUGAUAUACGUCUGGGCCGGUUUGCAUUCUCAAGGUAAGGUAAUUGAAAGUAAAAUAGUUUUGCAUGACAUUACUUCUGUGCAGUGUUGGCUAUGGUCAAGGAAUGGCAGUGCUCUCCUCCAGACAGAGACGGUCUAGUCCACUUCCCUGACCUCCCAGUAAACAGGGGCCAGAUAUCGGACGCUGAGGUAGUCACACACACCAAGGCUUUCUUCAUAUUCACCACCAUGCCCAACUGUAGUGGAACCAUCGUCGGGGCAGACUUUUGCUAUGUCUUGAUGAGCGAGACAGACACACAACAGAGACAAGUGUUUCAGCUCGUGAAAUUAGACAAGUUAGGAGAUAAUUUUAUACCUGACCAGAACUACACAGACACAAUCUUCACUGCUCUUCCUAUAGACAACACAAAAUGUACACAACAACCGAAUGGUCGCAAAGUAUGUUGUCAGAGAAACACAAUGAGUACAGGACUGAGAUUGGAAGGUGACCUUUCUUUUGGUAUUGUAGCACAGAAUGUUGAGAUGGUAGACUACCCACUGCUGACUUUCGGAGUGUCAAGGAAAGAUCGUCUUGUUCGGUCGUACAGAGUGGACUAUGGACGUCUGAGCUUUCCUGAUGAUGUGUUCUCCAAUGUCUACAAUAGCAGCAACACUAUAGAGACAGUGUCCAGCUCACCUGUGUUUCGAAUGCUCAUCGAGCCUGACACUAACAGUACAUCUCUAAGAGACUCAGAGGCUACCUCUACUGUAACAGUGAACCUGCUAACAGUCAUCUGGUGCUUAGUGGCAGUGAUAGGCCUGGAGAGUGUAGCUCUAGUAGCCGUUAUAGCACUAAUGAUAACUGCUAUGGUGAGCUACAAACGACUAAGAAAAGCCCAUUUGUUAAAGUGCCGUCAAUACAAGAAGACCCCCUCCCAAGAAGGCGUGGUACCAGCUAAGAGUCAGAACAUAAUCUAUUCACUACCGGAGCCCACCCCUCUACUACCAAUGAGAGUUAUGUACAACAAUUCCAUCAACAGCCAGUUGAACACCUCCUACGAUCUGGAGCCAGCCUCUACACAAAACUCAUCAAUAGCAGACGAGCAAGACUAUGACGACAUUGUUGAUACUAUUUAGCAUAUUUUGCAUUUGUAUAUGUACUUGUAGUAUAUGCUAGAAUGACGUCAUCAAGUCAUACUUGGCAGUCACUUUUAGUUUUCCCCAACGCUGCACUAUUUAUGCCACCCUGUCACAAACAACGAGGUGUGGUUUAUGUUAUAGUUAGAACAUGGGCAUGAGGUAUCUAUGUGUUAUAGUGUCCAAAAGCUCGAGGGCUUUAGCCCGAGGGAUGAGGGACACUAUAACCAUAGAUACCGAAUGCACAUAUUCUAACUGAUUUAGAUCCCAAAACCUAUUGGCUACUAGAAAUGCAUUAGCUUAUAGCAACAGUCAACCUAUAUAAACAGCCAACCUAGCAACUGCAUCAUUAUUCUUUUGAAAACUAAUACAAUGUAUCUGAAGUUGGCAUCUCUGUGUCUCUACUAAAUCUGUGGUUUCUAUUCAAGUUAACCUUGGACCUCAGUUUCAUGGACAAAAUUAUAGUCCUAGCUCCAAGCUCCACCCACAAAACGGAAACAUCCAGCUCCUCCCCCAGUUUUUCAGCAAACAAGCCCAGCACAAUUCCCAAGAAACGAGCGGCUCGUACUACUCUCACAAAGCGAAAGGAAGACACCUAUAAGCUAUAAUUUGCAGCAAACAAACCCAGCAAACGAGUGGCUCCUAUACUACUCUUGAACAAAGCGAAAGGAACUUUAGGAAGAAGCCAAAGCUAGAAUCCCAGCACUUCCAUACAUCCAGCUCCUCUCCCAUGCAGCCUUGCAGCAAAAAAGCACAGCACACUGCCCAAAAAACGAGCGUCUCCUACUACUCUCGAACAAAGUCAAAAAAAGAAACUAGAGCUUCUCUCUUUCAUUCUAGUUCUGUUAUUAUAUUACUAGAUAAAGCUAUACAAUAAUUUUUAUGUUAUUACAUGUGUAUCUUCUUGUAAAUCACAAUACAAUGUACAAUGUUGUAGUUUGUAGUCCAGAGCAAUCUAUAGUACCAGUACUAUAGCUCAUAGUUCCCUGCUAAAUACACUCAAAUGAGAUCUAAAUUAUGGAUAAGUUAGGCCUUACCCAUUGGAUUGGCCUUCCAAAAAUUGGUCAUUGUUGACUGGGCAACAAGGGAGUUAAAGGGAUAUUAAUGCAGGUAGAUCACAUGUUUUAUAGCCCGACAUGGCAUCAUUAGUUAGUGGUUCUACGUGUAGGGAAUGAAUAACAUUUUAAAGCGACCUCAAAAAUUUAACAUGAACGUUUGAUAUACCGUAGCAAGAUAUUUUCAUUGGUGCAGAUUUUCGUAUGAACUACCCGAUUAAAUAUUUGGUAUUCUAACAGCUCAGAGUGACGUAGAGCCUAUUGCACCACAAUCAUUUCUUUUCGGAUAUAUAACCCGCUAUAUGGGAGUAAUUUAUGCCACCCCAGCAUAGUCAUACAUGCUUCACUAUUCAAUUCACCUACAGACAAGCUUUCUAUCAGCCAUCUUAAAAUUUCGGACCAAAACAUUCAACCACUCGUGUAAAAUCGUAAAAUCAUAAACAAAACCCUGCAUAUAAGUUCAUUCCUGAUCAUGUGACCUAUAUAGCUAAUGAGCCUAUACAGCCAAUGACAAAUGCAGUCAUGUGACUGCACGUUAAGUGUGCAAUAAAUUCUUAUUGCUAAAUUUCGUGAUUCAAACAUCAUUAAGUCAUCUAGCCAUCUCAAAAGUGCAGGGUAGCUUUCUUGAAUAGGGUGGUUUUCAGCUUCAGCUUGUGCAUUACGUAACCUCAAGCAUUAUUGCAUCAUUCGAGUGCACCAAAACACGUUAGCUAGCUAGCUAAUGUGAUAUGGUUUGUUGAGCCUAUGGUUAAUAGUCCGAUGUGCAUGGUGGUUCUCCACCCACUGUCAGCACUGCCACUUGCAAAUAACCAGGGGAAUUUAAGCAUAUUGAGUCUGUAGCUGAGUGGGUUACUUUAUAAAGUACGAUGAAACGUAAAAGAAUUAAAGUACUCAACAAGAGAAUUAACUUACAUGUAUCUACACAAACCACCGCAACAAGAAAUGAUGGAGCUCUACUUUCUACUGCUUUGCUUUGUCUGGAUAGAUCUAGGUGCCUGUCAAGAUACACAAUGCUCAUCUCAAGACAGAGAUGGAUUCCUGUACUUCCCUGACGUACCAGCUGACAAGCAACACAUUGCUGAUGCAACCACAGUCACGCUCACUAAAGCUUUCUACAUUUUUGAAACCGUCCCUGACUGCAGCGGGAAUAUAGUGGGAGCAGAUUUCUGCUACAGUUUGGAGAACAUAUCUGACACCAGUGUGAAAAGAGUACUACAAUUUGGAAAGUUUGAAAAGAGUGGAGAUAUUUUCACGCAAAGUCCUGAUUUCGCAGAGAAAACAUUUUUUGCUAUACCUCUGGAUCAUACUAAUUGCGUACCUAUCUCAACUAACACUAGCAACUGUUGUCAACGAAUGACUACCAAGUCGGGACUACUGAGGUUAGUGGAUGGAGAGCCACUAAUAAUAGGAGUCCUCAUUCAGAACAAUGCUCAGGACUACCCACUACUGAAGUUUGGAGCUACAAUGACACAGUAUCAUACAGUGACACGCAUAGUGGACCUGGGGAAAUUGGCCAAUCAAGAAAAUGAAUUUGCAAACACUUUUGACACUUCCAACACAAACACUAAUACAGUGAUUCUACCCAUGCUACGAUUUGUUGUAGAGCCUGAUAAUAAGAUAGCUGUGGAGGACUGCGUGGACACUACGUCUAUAAUAGCCUCAAUCGGAUCACUGCUAAUUACAGAGACACUCGUACUAGCUGCUUGUAUAGUGGCUCUUAUUGUAACAAUCAUACUAUACAAGAAACAACUGAAAAGAAAACCAAAACAAUCCCCACCACCUACCCCCAGAAAUCUCCUCACACCCACACCAGGACACGGCUCGCUCCCACCUACCCCCACCCCCGGACACGGCCCGCCCCCUCCUACCCCCACAGAGCUCUCUACACCCACACCAGGACACAGAUUGCUCCCUCCCGGCUAUCAGAGCCCUAUUGUACCAUCCCACCCAAAACCUAGGUACUCCAACGUAACAGAGAACCAAAUCAGCCACCCACAUCAGGACACAGCCCACUCCCACCUACCUACACCUACACCCACACCAGGACACGGCCCACCCCCACCUACCCCCAGAAAGCCCCCCACAUCAGGACACGGCCCACCCCCACCUACCCCCAGAAAUCCCCCCACACCAAGACAUGGCCCAUCUACUCCCAGAAAGCCCCAAACGUCAGGACACGGCCCGCCCCCUCCUCUCCCCAGAGAGCCCUCUACCCCCACACCAGGACACGGCUCGCUCCCUCCCUCCCACCAGAGCCCUAUUAUACCAUCCUACCCAAAACCUAGGUACUCCAACGUAACAAACAGGAGCACCAGUACAUGUAGCUCGAACGAGCAGGUCAACGAUAACCAGGAUGGAUACGAGUACAUUGACCGGUGACUACACCACACAGAGUAACUAUAUAACCCAUACUGAACAUUAUAAGCUCUUACGUUAUAUAUUAUUACCCACCUCUUUGCUCUCAUCAUCAAAGUGCACUCUGAAUGUCGGGUCCUCUCUCUGAAAGCGAUUGAUACCCUUAGAGAAGGCGUCCAAAUCGUCCUGUUAUGGGCAUAA